CAAACUCGAAUCGUAGAUUCAAAGAAAUCGUUGGAUUAAGCUUAAGCAACACAUUUUAUUCUUUAAACUCAUCACCUAACAACCCCAACUGCACACAAAAACAAUUCAACAGCUGAUUGUAUUUCUAAGCUUUCUCCGUCUCUUUCUGGUAGGAGAGAGGGGAGCUGUUGAGGGGAGGGAAAGAUGAAGCUGUCCAUGCUGCAGCAGAGCUACCUCAACCGCCGGACCAACAGCUUCAGAUCGGCUGGGGGACCAUUGGAUUCGUCGUCCGACGGCGCCAUCAAAUCUCCAGCUGCGAUUUUCUGGUUGGUCCUGCAUGGUCUCUGUUGCUUGAUCAGCUUGGUCCUCGGAUUCCGCUUUUCUCGGUUGGUGUUUUUCUUUCUGUUUUCCACUUCCACCAGUAGUAAUAUGUAUGCGUCGCCGUUUCGGUCCUCCGUCGAGCUCGUCAAAACCCUAGAUGUUCACUCCGUGCUGCCGACCAAUCCGGGGAAGAGCUUCGAGUUGCCUGUGGUUAACAAAACGGCGACGAAUUCGAGAGUGGUGGUUGGGCGGCACGGGAUCCGGAUCCGGCCGUGGCCGCACCCGAACCCGGGUGAGGUCAUGAAAGCUCACCAGAUCAUCGAGAGGGUGCAGAGAGAGCAGAGGGUUCAAUUCGGUGUGAAGGACGCCAGGACUGUUAUUGUGGUGACGCCGACUUAUGUCCGGACUUUCCAGACGCUGCAUUUGACCGGCGUGAUGCACUCUUUAAUGCUGGUGCCGUACGAUCUGGUGUGGAUAGUGGUGGAGGCUGGUGGUGUCAGCAAUGAAACAGCGGCGCUUAUUAGGAAGUCUGGUUUGAGGACUAUCCAUGUGGGAUUCAAUCAGCGGAUACCGAAUUCGUGGGAGGAACGGCAUAAGCUGGAGUCCAAAAUGCGGCUUCAUGCUUUAAGAGUUGUGAGGGAAAGGAAGCUGGAUGGAAUUGUGAUGUUUGCCGAUGACAGCAAUAUGCAUAGCAUGGAGCUUUUUGAUGAGAUACAAAAUGUGAAAUGGUUCGGAGCUGUUUCAGUUGGAAUACUUGUACAUUCGGAUAAUUCAGAUGAGUCUGAUCAGAAACAGGGAGAAGAGGAGAAUCAAAGAAUGCCUAUUCAAGGCCCAGCUUGUAACUCAUCCAAUAUGUUGGCUGGCUGGCAUACUUUUAAUUCACUACCUUAUUUAGGAAGGAGUGCCGUUUAUAUUGAUGAUAAAGGAACUGUUCUGCCUAGAAAGCUCGAAUGGUCUGGGUUUGUCUUGAAUUCCAGAUUGCUUUGGAAGGAUGCUGAAGAUAAACCCAAUUGGGUUAAGGACCUAGAUUUGUUGGAUGAAGAUAGUGAUAGUCCACUAUCUCUGCUAAAGGAUGCUUCUGUGGUGGAGCCACUUGGAAGUUGUGGACGCCAAGUUAUGCUUUGGUGGCUCCGUGUUGAAGCUCGAGCUGAUAGCAAAUUCCCCCCCGGAUGGAUCAUUGACCCACCUUUGGAUAUUACUGUCCCAUCGAAACGUACUCCAUGGCCAGAUGCCCCUCCUGAACUCCCAUCUAACGAAAAAGUGGUGAUUAACCUUCCAGAACCAACAGUGAAGCAUACUACCACUAAGACUCGUUCCAGAAAACGCAGCUCUCGAAAGAGAAAACAUGAGGCAAAAACAACAGAUACACAGGUGUCCACGAGACAUCAAGAACAGAACUAAAAUAUCAACUAUGGACAUAAGCUGUAUUGAUUUGGGGCUGCCAGCCUUGCACUCCGGCACCAAGAAAUUUGAUUGACAGGGAAGGAAUGCAAAUGUUCUCAUCAGGCGUUUGGGUAAAUAUGGCACUUCCUACAGCAGACCGGCUGAUAGGUAAAUGUCAGUUUGAGUUACUCCCAAGUUUCAAACUCUUUAUUUUUUAUUUUAAAAUUUCAGCUAUAGUUUGUUGGGGUGAUUGAUAUUCUGUCAUUGAAGAGGUCGUAUGCCAGUUUUAAGUCAUGUAUCUUUUCUCUUGUAUCUUACAUGCUUCAAAUUUAUACAUAAUUUUCUGAUAGGAGUUACAGAGUUUGUGUUCAGCUGGUUUUGGGUUUUGGUUGCAUUACUACUGUAAUACGUAUAACAUUUCCAUUCAUUUCCAAACUAUAUCUUUAAUAUAGUCAAGAGAGAAAU